AUGGUUUUAGUACUUGAACAACCGGCUCCAAAAUUCAAGGGCACUGCUGUCGUCAAUGGAGAGUUUAAAGACAUUUCAUUAGAAUCAUUCAAAGGAAAAUAUGUUGUUUUAUUUUUCUACCCAUUGGACUUUACUUUUGUGUGCCCAACUGAAAUUAUUGCAUUCUCUGAUCGGGCUAAUGAAUUUGCGGCUAUCAAUUGUCAGUUAAUCGCAGCCUCAUGCGAUAGCCACUUCAGUCAUUUGGCUUGGGUAAACACAGCUCGUAAUGAAGGUGGUUUAGGAAAAAUGCAAAUUCCUUUGUUAGCUGAUAAGUCUGCUUCUAUUGCCAAGGACUACCAAGUUUAUAAUGAAGCCACUGGGAUACCAUACCGUGGUUUGUUUAUCAUCGAUGAUAAAGGAAACUUGAGACAAAUUACUAUCAAUGAUUUGCCAGUUGGACGGUCUGUCGACGAAACUCUACGUCUUGUUCAAGCAUUCCAAUUCACUGAUGAACAUGGAGAAGUUUGCCCAGCUAAUUGGAAACCCGGUAGCAAGACCAUUAACCCAUCAAAAUCCAAGGACUACUUCAAAACUGUUGAAUAA